CAGCAGCAGCAGCAGGAUGGCCUCCAACACUAGGACUAUGGCAAACCUUCCCAGCGGGGUCGGAAUAUGUGCCACCCUCCCCGACAUCCUGUACCUCCCAGAACUGGUUUUUGGUGGUCUGGUGUGGAUCUUGGUGGCAUGCACACUGGUAGUGCCAGAAAAUCCUCAGGGCUGGGUCAUGUUUGUCUCUGUCUUCUGCUUUGUGAUGACUUUUAUCUGGAUGGUGGUGUUCGCCUGUGGGAGACAUCAUAAUAAAGCCAGCUGGGCAGCAGCAGACUUUUUGUAUCAUGGCAUUGCUGCAUUCUUCUACCUCAGUGCUUCAGUGGCGUUGGCCAAAGUGACGCUGGAUCUGAGCGGAAAACAGAGCAACAACACAACUACAGGAGCACGCAACUACAAGUUGGACGUCUCUGCAGUGGUUUUCUCAUAUGUAGCCACUCUUCUCUACUUCGUCCACACAAUCCUGUCUGCCAUCCGAUGGAAAUCUUUCUAGAAGCUUUCUCCCUAUAAACCUCAUGAGCAGAACUGAAUUUCAUUUUGUACAUACGGAAAUGCUGAUAUGACGGGGGUUUGGUGAUGGAGACUGUCAAGUUACUGAUCUGGCGUUUCCCUCUGCUAAAUGAAAGACGAUCUGGGUCUCACUGUGCCUCACACUGCCUCAUGUCUACUGUUAACUUCCAGAAUACCAUACCACAGUAUCACUACUUACAGCCACAAGAUUAAAACCAGGGGCCACACAGUGUGUAGGAACUGGAUAUUUGUGAAUGUGCUGGGAUGCCAAGCACUGGAAUGCGAAAGGUGGAUCCUUUGCACUCCUUAUCCCAGGAAUAAUGGGGUCUGAGAUUAACACCUUAGAUUAGUUUCAGAUUUCAUUUGCCAUUUUAAAUAGUUCUCAUUUUGCAAACAUUUUUAAGUUGACAAAGUGUUCCAAUAAAACCCUGCUUUGUAGUAAAAUAAUCAAUGCCACGUAUAUGUCAGUAGUUUUAAUGUUGUGGCUGUUUUGGUAAAUGGUAAAUGGCCUGUAUUUGUAUAGCGCUUUACUUAGUCCCUAAGGACCCCAAAGCGUUCACAAUCACUACUCAAGCUCUCAUUAUAUAGAAAUGUCAGAGCGCCAAAAUAAAGAAUAACCAGGAUAAGAACAGAAUGAUUGUAUAGCCAGACAUAAAAAGAUUUAUCACUGCCCUGCAAAACUGAGCAAGCCAGCUUACUUAGAAAGACUGAGGGACUAGAGAGACAAGCUUAGCGUCACUUUUAUUUGCUGAUAUCAGAACACUUGAUAUCAUUUGGCGAGGAGUGAACUCAUCACUUGAAUGAUCAUUCUGCUACACUCCAUGAAAAUAAUAUUUGACAUAUUUAGUUUAAAUUAAUGUGAUAAUUAAUUUAUCAGUGAUUAAUUUCAGGUUCCCAUGGGUCCUUUACUCCUUUUCUUCUCAUCAUUAUUAUUUGGAUGACUUUGUCCUUUAAUGAAAACCUUUCGAUUAAUAUUAUUGUUCUGCUCUCAGCUGACUAAAGAAAGGAGCGGGUGGGGAAACAUUUAUAUUUUUGUAGGUUUAUUCACACUUUCUUUGAAAUUAAAUAAA